CUUAUUCGUUUUUACAAGUUUAAGUUAAUUUAAGACAUGUUAGAACCAAAUCUCACACUCCAUAUUUGGAUUUUACAAUGUGUAGUAAUUUUUAUAUCAUUACUCAUUAUAUGGGUAAUAUUUUUAUCGUUAAGAAGCCGUUUUCAUUUAAGGGAAAUUCCUAUGCCACCGGGACAUUUUAUUUUCGGUCACUUGUUUGAUAUUUUAGACAAAGAAAACCAGUUAAUAAAAUUUACUAAAUACGCCGUGAAAUACGAUGGUAUUUUCAAAAUAUACGUUCCUCCAACGAAAGCCUCGGUUAUUCUAACCGACCCUGAAUUGAUCAAGAUUUUAACAACUACCCAACUGGAUAAACCUAAGGAUUACUUAUUUUUAAAAAACUGGUUCGGACAUGGACUUCUAACUGUUCCGGUUAAACAUUGGAAACGGCAGAGAAACAUGUUAACCCCUCAUUUCAAUCGAUUCUCUCAAAUGGCACAUUUUGUCAAAAUAUUCGAGAAUUAUGGAGACGAAUUAGUGGCACAUUUAGAAGGCACAUCAGAUGGAAAUAUAGAAAUGUUGCCAUUAAUGAAAUGGUUUGCCAUUAACUCUUUUUGUGAAAUCGCCUUUAGUCAAUCAAAGGUUUUUCAUGAAGCUUACAAUCACAAAUAUUUCGAAAGUGUCGAAAUGCUUCAAAAAAUUUGCGUAGAUCGUUCGACGUCGAUGAAAAGGUUCGACUUUUGGUAUAAAUUUACCGAAACUUUUAGGCAGGAAUGGAAAGCUUUAGAUACUGUUAACAAGCUUUUCGAAGAAAUCGUAGAGAAAAAAUUGGAAGAACAAAAUGAGAAUAACGCGAAUGUGGAAGAAUAUGAGAACUUCUUAGAUAUGCUGUUAAAACUACGAAAGGAAAAUGGUCUUACAAUCGAGCACAUUAGACAUGAAAUAAACACUUUCCUAUUUGCAGGUCACGAUACAACUUCCAAUGGACUAGCAUUUACUUUAUACGCUCUAUCCAAAAAUCCAAAAAUUCAGGAUAAGAUUUUCGAAGAACAAAGUAAUAUAUUAGGUGAUAAAGUAAAAGUCACUUAUUCAGAUUUACAGCAGAUGAAAUAUUUGGAAUCGGUUGUAAAUGAAUCUUUGAGAAUGUAUCCUCCAAUUCCAUUAAUUGGUAGAAAAGUUACUAAAAGUAUGAAUUUAGCCGGGAAAUACCAUCUAGAGAAAAAUCAAAAUGUCGGAAUUUUCAUUUAUGGAUGUCAUCACAAUCCUAAGUAUUUUCCUGAACCAGAAAAGUUCAUUCCGGAAAGAUUUUUGAAUGGUAAUGCAGCCAAUUCGCUUAUGACUUUUAGCUACGGUCCAAGGACUUGCAUAGCUAGAAAAUUCGCCAUGUUGGAAAUGAAGAGUUGUAUUUUGAAAAUGGUAAGAAAAUUUCACAUUCUUCCACCAAAGCCUGAUGAGAAUAUACAUCUAUAUGGUAGUGUGGUAUUAAGAACUUUAAAUCCUGUAAGAAUUUCAUUAAAAAAGAGAAUUUAAUA